CACGUCCGCGAGCAUUUCGAAAAUAAUUUCCCAAAAUAGACGGGCGGCCGACAUCGCCUACCAUAAUUUUGUACUCCUCAUACACUGUAACGGUUUUCAGAGUCAGCUACAGAAAGAACGGACGAAAAAUGUCGGUGUACGGAGAUACCGGGCCGGAGGGCGAUCCGCAUGCCAAGUUCAUGGAAAGCAGGGAUCAUCCCCUUCACAGCGUCAACCGACGUAAACAAGCCUUCGCGGAUAAGUACCGGAGCCUGAAGACUGACCUGGAUAACAUGAACGAGGAGUACAAGCUGCCUAUGAGCAGGGUGCCUGACGACCACAAACCCCUCCGCGGCAAGGUAGGUGUGCCCGGGAAGAAACGGGUGUCCAUCCUCGACGGGCCGCUCCAAGAAGAGGACAAGUCGGAAACGAUUUUACAGCUGAAAGUGCGGAAACUCCAGAAGAACGUUAAGACAACUGAGGGCAAGUUCGAUGAUCUGGUGGAUGAAUACCACUGCAACAGGAAGGACAUUAGGAUGCGAGCCAACAAGCCUAAGCCUCGAUCUUUGGCAAUUGUUGUGUAUGAAGACCCCCGCCUGAACGGAGACAACGGCAUCAUGGUCAAGUCCAUGAUGGACCUGAAGAUCCAAAGCCUGAACAAGAACAUCAAGGAGGCCGAGAAGGGCAUGGACGAGCUCGCCAGGGACUCUCAGUUCGUGCGUAGCGCUGUGGCUGAGGAUGGAAACAGGUACAUGCGGCGGCAGCCGGACGCCCUGACUGAGAAGGACAUGCUGAAGUUCAUCAACCACCGGGUGGACGUGCUGGACCAGAAACAGCGUAACAUGGAGAGGACCUACAACAGGGCAGAGAAGGGCACUAACGAGGUGGAGGACAAAGUGAAGAAAGCCCGGCAGAUGGAGGACGAGGUGCACGAGUCGAUGAAGGCGGCCGGCCACCCCGUGUGGCACAAGAGGAAGACCAGCAAGUUCCUGCAGGCGGUCCAGGAGAGGGGAGAGAUCGGGUACGAGCUGGAUCUCAGUCCCAGGGUGCCGAAGUACAAGCAGAAGCAGGAAAUGAGGAAAAG